AUGGUUGAAGUUCAAGAAAGGCACAAGAGGUCCCCAGACUUCAACGAGAGAUACUACAUUUGUCGUGGUUCAGAGGGGUUUUAUAGCAAUUUCAACAUUACUGUGAAAUAUUCUAAAGAUUUUUCUAAUGCGUUGCUUGCAAAUGCCAUAAAGAUGAUGAUAAGAAAGAAUAGUUGGCUUGCACAUAACUUUUUUAAAGAGCCAGGUACAGAUAGUGAGGCUCACAAUGGUCAUAACUGGACACUUAGGAUCAUAAAGAGAAUAGUAUUUGACGAAGUUGUCAGUUUCCGCAAAAUUGAGAGAUUUGAUAAACUGGCUUUAGAACAAUUAAAUGAAGUGCGCUUCCAGAUGGACGUUGAAAAGCCGUUAUGGAAAAUAAUCGUUUGGGAAGAGGCUAACAAUGAGGACAAGUUGAUCUCUGUAUGUUUUGAUCAUAGUCAAUAUGACGGGCUCUCUGGUGUUCAAUUUCAAAAGGAUCUUUCAAAAGAAAUGGCCCUUCUUUGUGAAGAUGAUGGCCACAAUGUUGUUUUUCAAAUGUUGGAACCAAUAAUAUUAUUUGAUUACGAGAGAGACUUUGAAUAUUUACCUAAAUCUAUCAUGGGCUCUGCCGAACUGGCCACUGAUUUAUACACGCCUCCAGUCAGUAGCGUGAUAGAUCAUCACUUAAGAACUUACCUACCAUUGUAUCAAAAGGUUGCUGAUAAGUCGUGGUGGUGGUGGUGGUGGUGGUCCUCGGCUUCUAAAUCAAGUGCUUCAGCCACGUCGUUAAAGAUAUGGACUAAUCCAGAGCCUGUCAAGAAGGAUCUCAGCACCGCGUAUGAGAUUUUCAAACUCGAUGCAGUGGUUAUGGAAAAACUUAUGCAAUUUUGUCGAUCCCAAAAGGUCACUUUAACUACUUUGCUUGAUAUAGUGGCAGUCAAAGCUUUGCAAAAUUCCGUCUUCAAAGCAACACAUGGUGACGAGCCAAUUGGUUCUGAUUCCUAUGUGGCAAUAAAUGGUCGUAGAUACUACUCAGAAGACAUUCAAAACUUCAAAUACGGAACAAUGGUGUGUGGCCAUCACAUUCUACUCCCUCCUAUUGAGAACCUCAAUGCCGCAAUGCAAGAGUUUAGUGACAAACUUUGUUCUGGCAUCAAGUCAAGAAACUCAUUCAAGGAGAUUGGUAUGAUGCAAUUUUCAAAUGCUUGGAAGUUUUUAAAUAACAAAAUUGGUAAAGUUGGAGGCGGAAGGCCAUCAAUGACUAUAUCAAAUUUGGGGAAAGUUCAAAACUCAAAUGACAUUUACCAGUUUAAGGAUAUGUAUUUUGGAGCUAAUGCUGGUGUCAUGUAUAACUUUGUUCUCAAUUGCCUGACCCUGCCUUCUAAUGAAAUGACUAUAAUAUUUGCAUACCUACCACAAUUUAAUAGUCUCAAAUUAGGAUCCACAAGUGCAAUUGAAGAGUUCUCCAAACUCUUUAUCAAGUAUAUCAAUGAGAUUUCUCAACAAUCUAGCAAAACACAAUAG